UGUUGCAUCUGGCUGGCUGUUUCCCUGGGACUCCACCCCUCCGUCAGACGAAGGCAUGGCGAGCACAGAGGAGCUUAAAGAGUGUGAGACGGAAGGCUGCGACAAGGACGCCAAACUCCAGUGCCCCACGUGUAUUAAGCUUGGCAUUCAAGGCUCCUAUUUCUGCUCACAGGAAUGUUUCAAAGGAAGCUGGGUUUCUCACAAGUUGCUUCACAAAAAAGCAAAAGAAGAAAAGAACCAGAAUGCGCCUAAGAACUGUGUGGAGAAAGACGUCAGCACCGACCCAUGGCCUGGCUACCGCUUCACAGGAAAACUUCGCCCUCACUACCCACUCACACCUUUGCGGCCUGUACCCAGUGACAUCCAAAGACCUGACUAUGCUGAUCAUCCCAGAGGGAUGUCUGAAUCUGAGCAGUUUCUAAAAGGAACAUCACAAAUCAAGAUCCUCUCUCCUGAGGACAUCGAGUGCAUGAGAGUGGUAUGCAAGCUGGCAAGAGAAGUCCUUGAUAUUGCAGCUCUAAUGGUGAAACCAGGUGUUACAACAGAAGAAAUUGACCACGCAGUACAUCUGGCUUGUACAGCAAGGCACUGCUACCCUUCUCCUCUAAACUACUACAACUUCCCCAAAUCCUGCUGCACGUCUGUCAAUGAAGUAAUCUGCCAUGGAAUCCCAGACCGAAGACCGCUACAAGAUGGCGAUAUCCUUAAUGUGGACAUCACUGUCUACCACAACGGAUUCCAUGGUGACCUCAAUGAGACCUUCUACAUUGGAGAGGUGGAUGAAGGCUCAAAGAAACUGGUUCAGACGACCUAUGAAUGCCUUAUGCAAGCUAUAGAUUCUGUGAAGCCUGGUAUUCGCUACAGAGAGCUCGGUAACAUCAUCCAGAAGCACGCUCAGGCCAGCGGUUUCUCUGUGGUGCGAAGCUACUGCGGCCAUGGCAUCCACAGGCUUUUCCACACUGCUCCGAAUGUGCCACAUUAUGCCAAAAACAAAGCAGUUGGUGUUAUGAAGCCUGGCCAUGUGUUCACUAUUGAACCAAUGAUAUGCGAAGGUGGCUGGCAAGAUGACACUUGGCCCGAUGGCUGGACGGCGGUGACCAGAGACGGAAAGCAUUCGGCCCAGUUUGAACACACCCUGCUGGUGACGGACACGGGUUGUGAGAUCCUCACCCGCCGCCUGGAAGACAACGGUCAGGCUCAUUUUCUGAGCCAAGUGUAGGCUGGACUGGACCUGGCGAACCCAUGUGACGUCCAGCACGUGCGUAUCUCGUACACACCAGUACAUCGUCAGAUGAGAUACCGUGCUCCUGGAGUUCAGUGUCACUGUGCCUGUUGUUGUUUCAAUUAAAUAUCAGUCCUUAAAUUAAAUGGAAGUACUUGAAUGUGUCAAAUGUAGAUUGGUUUAUUAGUGAAACGUGUUAUUUCUCUAAAAGAAAUAUAAAAAUAUUUAUAAAAAGAGCAAUGUGAAUCCUAAGAAGGUAUGUUUGUUUUUUCACAAGCCUCGGUCUCUGACUUGGACCGGAAGUAAGCAGACAUGAAUGAGCAUAGUUGUAAAUGGCCAGCAGGUGGUGCAGUCGCACAUUACUUGAACAUAGUCUAGCAGCAUACAACAUUAAUAAGAACGCUUGUGAAAAAUAAAGUGAAAUGAUGGUGAAAUGCUGCAGACCAAGUGGAACACAUUUGAUUUGAUCUGAAAUACCACAAAUUACUGUUACAUUUGGCACGCAUGAAAAAGAUCAUUUAAAAACUAAAUGACUUGUUCUGUAACAAUGUACACUGCAGAAUUGAACAAAAGCUAUUGAUCUAUACUGAACAAAAAUAAAUGCAACACUUGUUUUGCUCCCAUUUUUCA